AUGCUCAAGGUCCAUCUGGCUCUCGCACUAUGCGUCUCCGCGCUCCUGGCUCGGCCAAAAACUGCUGAUUCUUUCUUUUUCUACGUGGAGAAUUUCAAGGGCAUUCCUUGCAAUGGCGGUCUUGGUCAAGCAAGAUCUAGAAACGGCUGUACUGUGGGCGGCGGAAAAACGGGUUAUUUCCAGAGCGUCCAAUACGUCGGCGGUAAUAUGGGCGACGUCGCAGCCUACGCACAACAAAACGGAAACGAAUGUGUGCUCCCACCUAAGGAAGCAGCACGCGUACUGGGGGUAUGGGUUAACUCAGCCCGUUCAACAACACCUACAACUCGCACUUUGGAAACAGAGGUCGCCCAGCUCUGCAAUAUUAUGAGCCGUAAGGCCAUCACCGAUCGCAUUGCAACCACUAUCGUCAAUAGCGUCCUGAUCCCCAAGAUUCUGUAUCGCAGCACCAUUCAAGUCAUCUCACCGUCGCGCCUCAAAAAGCUCACGGGGAAGUGA